UCAAGUGGGUCACUGUUUGUUUAUUCAGCAAAAUUAUUGAUAUGAUGUUCUAUUUUGAUCGUGAAUCGUUUGACAUCUGUCUACUUGGACUAACAGUAGAUGGGUUUUGAUUGGUUUCGUUUUUCAGGUUGAUCUAAGGGGUUUUUGCCUCUUUUAAGUAAACAAUGUGAAGCUUCUUCAGGCAGUUCAGACAGAAUGCUAAAUCAGAAAAACAAGGAUAAAACGACAAGUCGUUACUUGCACGAUGCCGAUGGUGCAGCUCCAGUACUGAAAAAGGUGAAGAAGAAAGUCGCACCGGGACAGAGUAAAGUUUAAGCAACCAUGUGUGUCUUUCCGGCAAAGAUAUUUUCUCGCAUCCCUUUUCACUUUAUCACUUUGUUUUCCCUAUAAACAAAUUUGACGCUGUGAAUAAUCAAUAUAUCAUAAAUUAUUUGUUUCUUGCAUUUCACUAUCUUCUUUUUCUCCGCUCCACUUGCUGCAUCCUAAAAACAAUCGAUUCAUUUCCUUACUUCCUUAAUUUGAGGUACCCAUCUUCGAUUUCGAUUGCAUUUCAUCUCUGACCUAGAUCUUGCUUGUUCAUGAUUCUGGGUUUGAUCGUUUUCUUCGGUACAUUUUGAAGUGUGUUGAGCUCUUGGAUUUGGUUUUCCGAGAUUCUCAGAUCAUUGGAUGCAACUUCUUUUAUGUAUUACUUUUUUUUUCCGUCUGAAUUUGAUUCUGGGUUUUUUGUGCAUUGAACGUGUUUGAUGAAAUGCCAUUAGGAAAAGGAAGUUUGUUUGGUCGGGACCGCUUUGUGGGUUUGAAUUGGACGAGAUUCUGAUUAGUUGACGAUAGUCGGAUCUACUUCAAGGCUUAGCUAUGUCGUUUAUUGGCACCCAACAGAAGUGCAAAGCUUGUGAGAAGACCGUGUACCCUGUAGAUCAGUUAUCGGCUGAUGGAGUUGCUUUCCACAAGCUUUGUUUCAAAUGUAGCCAUUGCAAAGGGACUCUUAAGCUGAGUAAUUAUUCUUCAAUGGAAGGUGUUCUGUACUGUAAGCCUCAUUUUGAGCAGCUCUUCAAGGAAACUGGAAAUUUCAGCAAGAACUUUCUAUCUCCUGCAAAGUCCGCCGACAAGCCAACCCCAGAACUGAAUAGGUCACCAAGCAAAGCUGCCCGCAUGUUUUCUGGGACCCAAGAAAAAUGUGCUACAUGUGGAAAAACUGCAUAUCCUCUCGAGAAGGUGACAGUUGAGAGCCAAGCGUAUCACAAGUCGUGUUUUAAGUGCUCACACGGUGGCUGUUCUUUAUCUCCAUCAAACUAUGCUGCACUUGAUGGAAUUUUGUACUGCAAACACCACUUCUCCCAGCUUUUCAAGGAAAAGGGAAGCUACAACCAUCUGAUCAAGUCUGCAUCAAUGAAACGGCAAGCAGCAACCUCCGAUCCCAAUGCUUCAAAGGUCGAGUUAUAAACUUCCGAUUGUCGCUUUGUUGAGUCAAUUGUCCUUUUCCUCCCCCCUUCCCUAGUAUGUUCUACUUUGAUCCUCACGGGUUCAUGAUGGGAAACAGAAAAGGAACCUCCAUGAUUUUUCAGCUCGUGUAUUGAUAUUACUUUUAAAAAUUCAUGGAUAUUUUGAAACA